GGGCCUUGGCGGCAGUCUUCAGUCGGCCCCGGGCCGGUGCGGGUACCGCUGCUGCUGCCGCUGUUAGUGGCAGGACGACUGUCAGAGUCGGGGGGAGGUGUCAUCUGUGUCAGCUGUCACCCGGACUGCUGUCACUUCUGCCUGCUGACAGCACUGUCAUCGGGGCUACAAUCAUCACGGAGAGAAAACGGUGACCAUACGUCAGAGGCGGCCCCGCCCGUGAAUAGCCCGAGGGUCUGUCGGGUCAGCCGUCGCCAUGGCAACCUACACAGCUGCGGACGACCUUGGCACACUGGCCCCCAGCCCACCGGAGAGUCCGACGAAAACCGUCAGCUCCUCCACCACAGAUAACUCGUGUGGUGCGGGCGAUGGCGCGAGUGGCUGUCUUCAGCCCCCUGCCCGCCUGCUCGUCUUGCUUCUCACCACGUGGGGCUUUGUGGUGCAGAUGAGUCUGCGGGUAACCAUGUCGGUCGGCGUGGUGGCAAUGGUGAACCACUCUGCCAUCCCGCACGUCAGCACCUCGCACGUCACCAUCUGUCUGAACGCCAGCGGCGACCUCCCGCCGCCCUCCGCCGAAGGAAACAGCACCGAGACGGCACCUUCUUCAGCAGGCGCACGCGUGGAGGAUGGCGAGUACGCCUGGGAUGAGUUCACCCAGGGGCUGAUCCUCUCCUCGUUCUACUGGGGCUACACGGUGACGCAGAUUCCCGGAGGGUACUUCACGGAGCGCUAUGGAACGAAGAUCGUUCUGGGAGUCAGCCAGGGCAGCAACGCAAUCCUGAGCCUGCUGAUCCCGGCUGCCGCCUCGCUCGGAGCGCCGUGGGUGAUGGUGGUGCGGGUCCUGCAAGGCCUGGCCUGCGGGGUUAUCUAUCCGUGUCUGUAUCCCACUCUGGGUCGCUGGUUCCCCACCAAUGAGCGUCAGAUGGCGCUCGGCUGCAUCAACGGCUUCACGGCGUUCGGCAUCGUCACCACGUCCGCUUGCUCGGGUCUGGUAGCUGCCAGCUCCGGGUGGCGAGCGAUCUUCUACAUCACCGGAGGCGUGGGCGUGGCGUGGCUGCUGGCCUGGAUCGCCCUGAUGCACGACACGCCUGCUGACCACCCCCGCAUCACCGAGCGAGAGAGACGUCUGAUCGCCUCUGGCAACGCCACCAAGAGACGCACAGAGCGCCGACCUCCGUACCUGCAGAUGCUUCGCUCGCCACCGGUCUGGGCUAUUGUCAUCACAGAGUGUGCCAACAGCUGGGGGCUGACCUACCUCCUCACAUCGCUCCCCACCUACAUGAAGCACAUCCUCGGCUACAACAUCCGCGCUAACGGUCUGCUCAGCGGCCUGCCACUUCUGGGGAGAGGGAUUGCCUUCUGCGGCGCAGGUCUGGCCGGCGACCUGUUGCUGCGCCGCGGAUGGGUCACCACAGAACAGAUCCGCCGUACGGCUGCCACUCUGGUGACCGGUGGCUGCGCGCUGCUGCUGUUGCUGGUCACCUUCGUGGGCUGCCAGCCGGCCGUCACCACCUUCUUCUUCUUCAUGGCUGGCUUCUUCAACGGCUUCAUCGGCACGGGACACCUGGUGAACAGCCUGGACAUCGCGCCCAACUACUCGGGAAGCGUGUACGGCAUCGCCAACUUCCUGGCCAACGCGGUGGCCGUGCUCAACCCGAUCGUGACAGGCGCCAUCAUCCGCGGUCACCAGACCAUGGAGCGGUGGAGCUACGUGUUCUACCUGGGCUGCGGCAUCUUCUGCACGGCGCUGGUCUCCUACCAGGUGAUGAUGUCGGUUGAUCGCCAGCACUGGGACAAACAGGAGGAUAUCUACGACGCGCCAGACGACGUCGACGAGAAGAAGGGCGUCUCCAACUCGAUCGAUGUCUGCAUGGAGGAGACGGCAGAGAGCAACGGCGUCUCCAAGAAGGCCGACCGGUAGCAGACCGAAGGGAGGGUGGUAGGGAGAGGGAGGAUGAGGGAUGGAGGGAGGGAGGGGAGAACCGAGGCGGAGCAGCGGCUGAAGGCAUCGCCUGCUGGCACAGAGGAAUGACAGAACUAUUGAGGACGUCUAUGGGAAACUUCGAUCAAGAACUUUUGAUGGGCAUUGGACACGGAAAUCGAGCUACUGUCCAAGGACCGUUUACCAGUGGUGACAUUCAACGAGAACAUCAAUUGAUGAUCUCGAGUAGUCACUGACUUCUUCAAUCGCUUCAUCGGAGCGGGCCACUUGCUCAACUCUUAGCAGAGAUUGGUGACAUAAAAAUAGAGACUCGGACUGGUGGCCCCUUACCGGUGCUCUACUGAUUGGUGACGUUGGCCGGUGGCUGCUGACGCUGGAAAAUCCACUGGUGAACUAAUGCCAUUUGCCAUUGGUGACAGACAUUAGAUGGUGGUGACCAAACCGGGAAAAGGUAGUUACAGUUAUAGCCAGCAGUUUGAAAGGGUCAGGGCGAUCACGAGCCAUGCCCAUGUUUAGCGGGGUGGACGCUUGACGGUGGACGGUGGAUGGUGGACGGUGGACGGUGGACGGUCGGCAAUGAAAGGCGGCAUAUGUGGAGCAGUGGACAGUCACUGAAACAGUCCACGGACAGUGAACAGCGAUGGAGCUACGCUGUCUGCGACUGUCGCGACAUCUAGUCCGGAGCUCGACGUCCAUGUGAAGUCCGCCACCAGAGGGCAUCAAACCACAGUGGAGGACGUCAGCGACCCGACAGACUGGCCCAGUCGUCAGCAAGAGUUAUGCUCCUUCACUACAGCAGGCUAAAUAGAAGUGUACCAAAUAGGCCGGGUGGUAACAUCAGAACAAUCACACAGCACACGUUACCGAAAAUAAUGCUAGAAAACCUAAGUACCACGACUCUAAUCCAGAGGGCGAGCACCCAAUAAAACCGUGCGUUAGUUUUUAAUCGUUACACUAUCAGUAGAAUCGUAAAUCGUGCAUCAAACUUCUUCACACAUUAUUAUGCAUUUUGUAGCACAUUUUAGGGCUGGGAUGUGUGACGGUGCUUGUGUAGGGGAUGACUGCAUUUGGCUUUAUUAACCAUCGUAGCAAUUUGAACGAGCAGUGAAAAUAUGCUUGGCAUUGUGUGGAUAGGCUCACUAGUGGCAGUGGUUAAUUCCAUUAUACUUGCUCUGCGUAGGGCUUGAGAACCCCUAGCGUAGUGCGGUGCAUUUGAAAACCCUGACUCGUCACCAAUGGGAGAUAACUGAUUCUGUCUGAGAUGAGAGCCACAGCCACCGAUGACCUCCCGCCGGGAGAGUUGUGGACCUCUGGGAUGACGUCAUGGUCACGUGAACGGAUGUGCGUGGUGAAUCCGCCGGGAGAAUGUAUAUCAAGCUUUGCGAUACAUAACUGAACAGUGACGAUAAGUGGACACAUUCGGGAUCAUAGGUAGCCCGUUCUGUCUGUUACGGAGAUGAAUAUCAGGCCAUGCCGGGUUGAAUAUGAUGCAGCGAUGUCGGCAGAUAU